AUGCGGCCACCCACGAAAAUAUCAAAACGAAAAAUCCCCCCUCCCCAUAUCAAAGCGGAAAUCUGUGAUGCAGAUUUGUUGUCACAAAUCAGCUUUGUUAUGCUACACGGGAAAAGAUGCGGACUGUAGUGCUGGGUGGCGUGGGGGAGCCUUGCAUCUUCAGCAUGAUAGGAGGCAGCUGAGAGUGGGAAACAGCAUGACAAAUUGCCUGCAAACGAGACCACGACUGCGGCUCUUGGCCUUCUAGCAUGACAAGUCGAUUUGGUACCUCAAAUCCUGCAUCACAGAUUUCCAUUUCGAUAUGGGGAGGGGGGAUUUUUCCGUUUGAUAGAAAAUGUCAUCGACCACCAGCACGACACCCGCAAUCGACUGGGCAGAGGAACUGGCCAGCAUCAAGGCCGCAAAACGCACCCUGGGUGCCGCGCGAGGAGGUGGAAGUGCUGGUGGACCCAGUUCUAGUAGCACAACUACAACUUUCACUUCGGUCCCGACCGCGGCUGCCCUUGCCAGUCCGCGCCCGCCAGUUUUGCCGCUUCCACCUACUGGAGCUGCUACGACCAGCACGACCCCAUCGUCAUUUUUUUCAGACGGUCGAUAUAAUUAUGUCACUGAAAGAACUGAAGACAAAAGGUCCACUUCUCCAGGCGCUUUUUCUUUGUCUGUGGCACACCGCCGCUCUCUGGCUGCCACGAAGACGACGCGGAGUAGUUUUCCGAAAACAAAGACGCCUGAAGGUAUGAGAACCGACGCUCAUCGUGAUAGCGCGCAACAAAGUAGCCAGCACAAAAAGGGUGCUGCAACGCGGGCAGAGGACCGUGGCUGUAGUUUGUGGUCAGCAGCAUCUCCAAGUAACUUGCCGAGGACCAGCUGGGACGCAGAAGACCAGGAUCAGGAAUAUGGCUACUCACUCAGGUGUUCUUACAAGCUCAGCUGUAGUUUUUACCACAAACAGGCGUGGACUUUGUCGUGCAUGAGCAGCAUGGGGAACAUGCAGAGUCUUGCGCAAGCUUAUCGCAAUACUACAAAUCUCGCCGGAUGUCACGGGGGCUUCGGGCAGCUCCGGGACUACUUGUUAUGCGCAAUUCAGUGAGAGUAGGCCUAGCCCUACGCCAGAUCGUGUCCUUCUUGAUGCGCGUCGCAGUAGAUUUCGACUCCUGUUGUAAGUAGAACGGUUGGCAUUGUAAAACACCUGCGCAGGUCAUAAAAAGAACGUAGUGGCUGAUCAUCUUUGCCCCGAUUUGCAAAAUAAGAACGAAGGCGACCUCUGGGCCGCUCUUGAUGAUAGUGACGACACCGGCGCUCUUGGUGCUGCCCAACAUGAAGAGAGCGGAAGCGAUACGUCGCCAAGAUGCGCUGUUCUCUCACACGGAACCUGGCGAGCAGAAGCACAAAGCCUCUGUAGGCCAACGACACACACAGGAGCGGCCAUAGCAAGAGCUACGCAAGGACAGCACCGUAAUACUAGCAGGAGAAAACGAAACGUAGGAAUAAAGAUGCGGCAGAACGAUCGUUACACCCUUACUUCAUCUUCACAAAACGAAGACUCCGCGGCAACAGCGCAGCACCUAUCUGCGAAAGAGAUUCUAGCCAAUCCCGAGGAGAACCAGAUGCGAAAGCGGAUGCAGCUGUCAUUGGCGGAGAUCUAUCUUCUGCAAAAGUACUCGUCUAAAUAAUCGCGCUAGUCACACAUGUUAACAGAGCAAUCCGCAUGACAAGUGCAAAUCUGUAUGAAGUUUUCCACUUGAUGAAAUACAUAGGUUGCCAACAUGCAAUUUCCACUGGUACGUACACGUAGUACGAUUCCGAUAUAUUUGAAGUUGAACUUUUGCAAUGCAUAAGAUGGCCGACGACUGGGAUGCAAAGCGGGAACGGCUCGUGGCGGCGGCAGAAAAAAAGAGGCUGAGGAAAGCGUUGAACAGGGACGAAAGAUUGUCCACAGGCCACAUCAAGGAACUACAAAGCAUUUCCAUGCAAGAAAACCAAAACAACGGCAACAAGAAUAGCCACGACGACGACCUGCGAAAAAAUCGCGGAACACCAUCUAAAACCGGGGCGCCGUGGUCCUCAGAAGAUAUAAUAACACGAAGUAGUACAAGAACUACUAGAAGCGGCGCCGGCGCGGCCCCGAGAAGAACACUUUCUGUAGCAGAAACAAACCUUCCUGGUCCAGAAAGAUCUGAUGUGCAGAACAACAAGUACCUCGGAGGGGGCGACACUACGCCGCAUGGUACCCGCGUGCAGAAGAUUUUGAAGGAAUAUGAAACUGUGGCUCACCGCGCUUCCCGCGAUGGUGAAGAAACCGACAUGCUGAAUGAUCCAUGGUGCGGCGACCCUUCUAGCGCGGUAGAGAUGGUGGACAAGCUAGAGGUACUAGAAGAUCAACAUGGGAGGAGGUGGAACAAAAGCAAUGACUUUCAUAUGCUGAAGAACCAUCAGCACGGACCGUGCGGAAGAUUCCUCUUCCCUGGGGGUGAAGGAGAAGUGUCUGCCUCUCCGACAGAACAAGCCCCAAGACUCUCGGAACUGGUCCUCGUGCACGACCCGGUGGCUGCAGCUCCGAGGACUCGUGAAGAUUUCGAGACCCUAGUCACCACCACGAAAGCAGCACCUUCCGACGCCGUGGUCGCAUCAGCGUCGUCAAGGAGUAGUAAACUUCGUAUCGUUUCGGAGAUUGAAAGAGAACGAACGGAAAUUGACCUGCAUAUCCAGGAAAAAACACCCAUACCCAUCCAAUUUGUCAUGCACAGCAUGCAUAAAGAAAGUCCACUAUUUGUCAUGCAAAAAAUGGAUGGGGAUGGUUGUUUUUUCCUGGAUACUGCAGCUGGAAAUGUUACAGCAACAGCGCCGGAUGAAGAAACAGCAAGGCCGUAGUUGUUCGAAGACGGGACCACGAGGAGCAGUAGAACUACAUGGAGCAGAGGACCAAAAAGGCUGCGCCGUCGAUGCUGGUGCGACCGAGCCCGAACAAGAAGCUGCGGAACCAUGGGCUCCUGCACCUGGUGCAGCUUGUUCACGACCUUGCACGGGGAAUUUUCAUUCGCCAGGACCACGACUCCGACUGCUGGAUCAACAGCAAAGAGAGGCGAUCAUGGGGGACCAGCGUGGAUUUGACCCGGAGCUGCUGCGCGAGGAAAACAGGAACGACGAAGCCGGCGCCGGUGGCGAGGCAGCAGGGAGGGCAGGGACUACUUUUUGUUCAUCUUUGCGCAGAACUACAAGCGGUGGGAACAAGCAGAAGAUGCGGGCGGACCAGGAAGUGGUAGCCGAAGGAGAAGUGGUGCAGCAAGUCCGUGGAGGUGAAGAUGGAAAUAACACGGACUCGUGCAAUUAUACCAAAAGUUGGGACAAAGGUAAAGCAAAUGAGAUGUUGACCACCAGGAGCAGCAGGUUGCAGCCAGCUCCUGCACUUGAAGUAGGAGCUGCACAACGAGAGGAGCUCGACGCCUCGCGCACCUCCGCGGAUAUUCAUUGCAAAAGUAUAUUCGCACCCGUCGUAAUUAUUGCGGUCAUGCGUGAGAACAAGAAGUCUCAUUUUCUAUCUGUUCUAGCAUGAAGCAUACAGAUUUGCUCCGUUUUGCAUCUUCCUGAGAAAAUUUGUAGAUCAUGCGAUUUCCAUUUCGAUUUCUGCUACCACGAUUAUACUUUUACGAUGCAUAGCGGAGAUCCUGCGGCAACUGGUGUUCGACGUCGUUCCGGAAGUAGAUGCAAAUAAAGGCGACGCAGGUGCGGCUGGACGAGAUGUUGACCACGAGCAACAUCCUUCCACUCAUGCCUUGGAUGAGGACGUCGACUUCUUACCACAUCCCCCGAGGACGUCUUCCACCAGCACAAGCACCGCGUUCGCCGCGCGACACGAAGAUUGGCUGGCACGGGCUGAGGGGCGAGGCGGAACAUCAAAUAAACACUCUGGAGCUGCUGGCCGCGGGGAAGACGAGGAGGGAGAACGUAGUACGGAAGUAGAACAACGCGUCGUGGCACGACGAGGCGAACGGGUGGAGCAGGUCGGUGACAGCGAGCAGGUAAUGAUCUUAAACAGACGCUCAAGUGGAACAGAUGUGGAACAAGCACAACGUGAAGAUGAUCCGUAUCACCUGCAUUCGCAACAACUUUGUCCUGCCUCGUCAGAGGACUCACGGCCAGGGUCGGAUGAAACCAAUCUUCGCUCCUCCAACACUAGGAUUUUGGCGGCAGAGGAGCCGCGAGCGGUGGACGAUCUCUUCAGUUUCAACUUCGAACGUUAUUGAAUGUGAAAAAUACGUGAUAGAUGUACUUUUGUGAAUGGACGGCGGCUGCACAUCACAUCUAGCUUCGCACGUUGACAACGAUGAAGAUGGCAUGUUGCGCAUGGAGGAUGCCUCAACUUCAGCCUUCUGCUUCUCGGGGACCUUCUGGCGUCUGUAUGACUUCCCUUGUAGAUCACAUAGUCGUGUUGGGAAAAGCAGGCGUGUCAACAUACAACUACAUUUUUCGUAGUUAACAUUUUUCAGUAUACGUAUGCGAUGUGCAUGAGCGUCAGCGUCUAUCUGGAAUUCACAAAUUUUUGCACUGCAUAUGGUUGAUGUUCUUCAAGAUGAUAACUUUCUGUCAGCGCGACACGGGAACAACCACGACACGACCCGUCGAGGAGCGGCGGCUUCCACAUUGAUUAGCAAUACCGAGGGUCCUCGUGGUCGUCCUCUUUCCGCCGCGGCGCCCCGGGCUUCUGGGACGAGGACAGCGAGUAGUCGAUUGCGGCAACCGCGGACCAUCAUGUCCCUGCUGCAGGGGAACAACACCAGCUGGGACGGAGCUUCCCGCGGCCCGGGCAGCUCAACAACAGGUACAACAAUCCCAAGAGCUGCUGCAUCUUCAGCAUCUUCGUCGUCGCGGACGGACGCUCUGUUGCAGCAGCUGAAUUCCAACGGCAACCUGGAGGAGGCACGCCCGGCAACCGCACCACAGCAGCUGCAACGCCAUGGAGUAUCAAAAUGAAAAAUCCCCCCUCCCCAUACCGAAAAGAUUUAAUAUUUUUGGAAAUUUAUGAUGCUGAUUUGUGGUCACAAAUCGUGUCUGUCUUGCGAGAAGGCAACUCCGCAGGUUCCGCCGCAUUGUGCAGGCGGUUUGUCAUGCUGUGGGGCAUACAGUGCUGACGUUUUUCGUGCUAAGUGCCUAGGCCAAAACCUCUCUACUCGUCACACUUGGCAUGGGGCUGCAGUGCUCUCCAGCAAGACAGCGCGGCUCUGUGUACACAAGGCCAGCAUCGGAAGUCUCGUUUUUAUAUGGGGAGAGGGGAUUUCUCCUCUCAAUAUGGAGCGCCAGGUGGUCUCGGUCGUUUCCCCGCGGCGACCAGCAGCACCAGCGGCGCGACGAGCGUUUUGACGUCGACGCUCCGCUAUCAAGUGCAAAAAUGUCUGGGUCUGGAAGAUUUUUGCUACGUUUGUCAUGCAUAUUUUUCAUAGCCCAUGAGGCCUGUAAUGCACGACCUAGCAUCACAGAUUUUUCAAGGGCCUUCUGAUGCGUAUUCCGCAUGAGAAACGCCCACUCCGCGUAGCACCAACUGCACUCCUCUUGCUGGUCAUGCAGUAGAGUUUUUUUUUACCUUCCACGUAAAGCAUGUAAAUUAUCACCUCCGGUUGGUAGAGCAAUCGGCUACCGAGGCACGACAGGGGGCGUCGCUACUUCACUUCAAUUCGAAUUCAAUUCAAUUCCAAAUAAGACAGCAUCACACAUACCCAGACACUUUUGCAUUUGAUAUCCGCAAGCUGCAGUCCUGGACCAAGGCGCGCGUGCUGUACACCACGUAUCAAAUGCAGAAGUGUCUGGGUCUGGAAGAUUGCAACUUGUCAUGGUAAAUCUGAAGCGUGCCAAAAUCUGUGUUGCGUGAGUGCCAAAAGCUGUCCACUUUUGACCAUCAAGUUGGAACGCAGUUUCUCAUGCAGAAUAGGCAUGGCAGAGACCUCGCAGAGUCUGUCAUGCUAAGUCCCGCAUUCCAGACCUCAUAAAAUCUGCAUGACAAGUCUACACUCUUCCAGACCCAGACACUUUUGCACUUGAUACCACGCAAGAAUGCACCAUCUGCCUGGAGCCCAUGUGCAGGGGCGAUCGGGUGACUACCUUGCCCUGCGGUAACGGAAAGCACGCCUUCCACGCGGAGUGCAUCCAGGACUGGGUGCUGCAAAAGAUGAAGUGCAGUGAAGGUCGCGAGGGUGGACGUGUAUGAACUGCAAAAGUAUCGUACUCGUAUAAAUGCAUUACAAAUUUCCUCAGCAUGAGAAAUAAAAUUUGUAAUGCGGAUUUGCCUUAAGAAAAAAGUUUGCAUGAUUACAAUACGAAUGCGAUACUUUUGCCCAGGAUAACGUGGAGGGGGGCACCAUGAUCACGGGACAUCAAAUCCAUCGUCGUUGCCGUUCUGCCCGCUCUGCAAAGAACGCAUUUGAUGAAGAGACAGAAAAACAGAAACGGAAACCAAGAUUUUCAUUGAGCCAUGAUCAAAUUGGUAAGCAAGGAAGAGGGAGAGGCAACAGCAAUAAAGAUAGGAAAGCAAAUUUUUCAUCAUGCUAGCUACUCAUGGAAUUUAGGAAUGAAAAUGAUGCGGUUUGUCUAAGACCAUUACCACCAUGCUUCUCGUGUUCGCCGGGUCCUUUCUUUCUGUGCUACUAUCGUUAGUAGUACUUUGUUAGUUUAUUGUCAUCAUGAUGUUAGAAGCUGCCAGAAACAGUAAAACUGCCCACAAGUGCCGGCAGGGCCGUUACGCAUUGAAGACGUGCCGUGACGUUUCUUGUAUUUUUUGAAAUACCGCUUUGAUAGUUCAGGUCGGCUGCUGAAGUAACAUUGU